CUGAGCCAGGCGGUUCGAUCACUCCGCUGACACGCCAGCGAAGUGAAUUUCGAUGGAGAGGUUAAGACCGAGCAGAGAUAUUCUCGUGCAGGACUGUUUUAUGCCGAACUGUUAAUGGGAAUGCAUCGACUUACUGCAGAAACGGUCUCUGAAUUGCCUUGGCCCUUGGCUGCGGGGCUGUGAGCAGUUACCAUGACGUAUCCCAACACCAGCAUACUGACAGCCAACUUCAGUGAAGCUUUGGACGCCCAUGACUCCGGGGGAAACAUCUACAGGCCUUUUUCUGUUUUCAGCGUGCUCACUCUUACGUUACUGGCAAUGCUGGUGGUGGCCACCUUUGUGUGGAACUUGCUGGUGCUGGUGACCAUCCUGAGGGUGAGGACAUUUCACCGGGUGCCCCACAACCUUGUGGCUUCCAUGGCCAUCUCCGACGUGAUGGUGGCUGCCCUGGUCAUGCCGCUCAGCCUUGUCCAUGAGCUGAACGGCAGGCUGUGGAAACUGGGCCGCGUGCUGUGCCAGGUGUGGAUCUCCUUCGACGUGCUCUGCUGCACAGCCAGCAUCUGGAACGUAACGGCCAUCGCGCUGGACCGCUACUGGUCCAUCACCAGGCACCUAGAGUACACGCUCAAGACGCGCAAAAAGAUCUCAAAUGUGAUGAUCGCACUCACGUGGCUGCUGUCGUCCAUCAUUUCCCUGUCGCCGCUUUUCGGCUGGGGGGAGACCUACACAGAGGGGAUGAAGUGCCAGGUGAGCCAGGAGCCAUCCUACACAAUCUUCUCCACCUUCGGAGCAUUUUACCUGCCACUUUGUGUGGUGCUGUUUGUUUAUUGGAAGAUCUACAAGGCUGCCAAGUUUCGGAUUGGCUCCCGCAAGACCAACACAAUAACGCCCAUGGCUGAGGUAAAGGACGAAACACAUCAGCCGCAGAUGGUGUUUACUGUGCGCCACGCCACCGUGACCUUCCAGACAGACGGUGACACAUGGCGCGAGCAGAAGGAGAAAAAGGCAGCGCUGAUGGUAGGCAUUUUGAUCGGCGUGUUUGUACUUUGCUGGAUCCCCUUCUUCAUCACCGAGCUCAUCGUCCCACUGUGCUCCUGUGACAUCCCGCCCAUCUGGAAGAGCAUCUUCCUGUGGCUGGGAUACUCCAACUCCUUCUUUAAUCCGCUCAUAUACACCGCCUUUAAUAAGAACUACAACAAUGCCCUGAGGAACCUCUUCUCCCGGCAGCGCUGAGCCACUCAGCACCCUCGGCAGACACACUAUACCAGCAUGCACUCCACUGUGUUACUCCUCCAGAAAGAGAAGGACUAAACUGUCUAUAUCCAUCACUCAGUCAUCCUUCAGAUGGAUGAUAACCAGAGACAAUGUCUGAAAAAACUGUCUUUAUGAAUUUGUUUUUUAUUUUCAUGUUUUGUUUUGUCUAUUACCAUGCUGAGGUUACCUCACAGCUGGACUGAGAUAAGUCACUGAGCUACUGUAUCAACAGAGAGAAAUCCAUUGGUUGUGUCGUGGCAGUACUGGAUACAGUGCUGUCUACAUGUUGGUUUCCUUCUGCCGUUUCAGGUUUGUUAGGGAGGAAGCCAUGUUAACUCCCUCGUAAACAGUUUCAGCAUCAUAUGUGAAGCUGCUGGGAAUAAUUUAAAACAAAGCUGGAAGAAAUUCUUCAAAAGAAUAUUUUAGAAUGGUACACAAGUAACUUCAUAAAUAAUAAACCAAGAACAAACUGGAUUCUUUUCUAAACUACACAACAAAAUCAUCAUAAUCGAAGGGGACAUUUCAAACAAAAAAAUGGAUUUGAUUAUAGAAAACAAGGAUUAGCUGACCUGAAAUCCCACCUGUAAAGAUACCUCCACCUAAUAGCUAGGUAGACAUUCCCUAGCUAGACAACUCUCUGGCUUCACAUGCAAUUUAUUCAUACACACUUCAAGAUAAAUGUACAAUCUCUCCUCUGAUGCCGACUAUCUAUAGACUGCACCAAUAUUUUUUGCACAUACACCUACACACUCCCAUGCCUUUUUUAAAGCAGUGAAAUGUCAGAACAAGUUAGUAUUUCCAUCAUCUUUGCAUAGAUGCAUUGUUGAGGAACUGCAGCCAUGAAUUAUUAUAUCUCACUCCAGAUAAAUAAAGUAGAUACACAAGAUGUAUGGACUUGUAUAAAGCUAUUCAAAGUAUUAUCUCAACAAUAGAUUCUGUAGCCUGAGAGGUCAUUAAAUGUGAAAAUAAAAAAUAGUAUUGCUUCAUUGUAGAGAGAAGCUAAAGUGCUGAGACAAUGAUGUUUUAAAGUAUAAUUUCCGGCUAUAUUAGUUAUAUAUUAGAAGGGGGAGUUAUGGGAGUAAGAGAAGCUAAUGCUAACCAAUACAAAUAUUACUAAUGGGCUCAGCGCACAAAACCUAUGCUUCAGUUGGUCUAAUGAUGUUUUUUAUAUGACUCCCCUGUUUCCUGCACACAUUGCCACGUUCUAUUGAAAGUGUUCAGUAAGUGAACCUUUAUUUUAGUGUGUAAUAUACUGUUAUGUGAGGAAUCAAGCAUGAGAAAUUGAUCCCCAGCAAAUAGUUGUGCUAUAUGUAAGUGUGAGCUCCUGCUGGAGAGCAACAUCAAAGUAUCACAAAUCUAAUAAGAUGUUAAUUUUUUUAACAAGUGCAUCUAAUGUUGCCAGUCCAGUGAAAACUAUGUAUCUCCAAAUUUGGUGGUUUUGAAUUCUUAUGAAAAAUGAAUGAUUACAUGUUAAGAAAAUUCUCAAAUUUUUGAGCUAAAUAAACCUUUUACAUUCAUAGUCUACCUAUUAACUUUAGCAUGCAUAAAAUGACAAUGCUAACAUGUUAAUGUUUAGGACCAAAGCGCUAGACUGAUCAACUGACGACCGACUGAUGCUAAUGUUAAAAACUUACAGAUCUCAAAUGACAGUUUAUGAGUAAGAGUAGUUUAUCAUUUC